AGAAAAAUUUGAAAAACAGAGAGAGAGAGAGAUCUGACAGCUUUUUUCUCUCUCAACGGACGGGUAGAGAAGGAAACGGACCUGUCUGUGACAUGGCGGACUUCACCAGGAAACUUAGCUAGGUUUUAGGAGUGUGUUGAGGUCCGUGGUCUCAAACUCUGUUUCUCUCUCUCUCUGCUACAAGUUCCAACACCACCAUCAAAUAGGUAGCAUUCUUGUCUCCGAAGAGAGAGAGGGAGAGGAGAGAGAGAGGUAGAGAGGGAGGGGGAGAGGAACGCAGUCGCAGAGAGCGAAAAUGGGAAGAUCCGCCUCCUGUUUCAAAAUCAUCACGUGCGGUAGUGACGCCGUCGACAACGGUGAUCUUGAGGCUUCAGAGAGCAAGGGUUCAAGUGACAAACGUGGGUGGAGUUUCCGGAAGAGAUCUGCCAGGCAUCGAGUGUUGAGCAACACUGUGACCUCGGAAGCCCCUUCUGGGAAUAAAGAUAACUCUGAAUCUGCUACUAUUAACAUCGAAACGCCAAUAAAUUCUAGUGUUCCAGAGAAAAUAUCCAAACUGCAAUGGCCGGAUGAUAAAACCCAGUUCUCAGCUUCAGGGGACUCAAAAGUAUCUGAAACUUUAAUUGCCACUGAGAGUGAAACAAAGGUUGACACAAAUCUGGAGAAGGAAAGUAAGGUUGACACACACCUGGAGGAAUCCCUUGCCAUAAUCAUCCAGACUGCUAUCAGAGGAUUCUUGGCUCAUGAAAUGCUUCUAAAGCACAAGAAUGCAGUGAAGCUGCAAGCUGCUGUACGUGGGCACUUGGUCCGAAGGCAUGCUGUUGGAACCCUUCGUUGUGUUCAAGCCAUUGUGAAAAUGCAGGCUCUUGUUCGUGCUCGCCGUGCUCGUCUAUCUUUAGAAGAGUCAAAUAAAGAAGAGAAGUUAGCUGGAAAUAAUGAGAAAGGCAAUGACAGCUCAAGGCCCUUGGUGAAGGAUCAUUCUCUAAGCAAAUCAAAAGUAAGGUCUGCAUCGAUUGAGAAGCUGCUUAGCAAUGGGUUUGCUCGUCAGUUAAUGGAAUCCACUUCCAAGACCAAGCCCAUCAACAUCAGAUGUGAUCCUUCGAAGCCCAAUUCUGCUUGGACAUGGUUGGAGAGGUGGAUGUCUGUUUCAUCAUCAAAUCUCACAAAACUAGAGAGACCAGAGUCAAAUGUGGAGCAGCAGGAACAAGAGAAGGCUGAAAAUUGUGCUGCUCCAGUGGAAGUGGACGAGUCAGCAGAUAUGGAGUCCUUUGUCAAGGAAAUGGCAGUACCAUUUGAAAGUGAGGAGAGCCUGAUCACUUAUGAAGCAGAAAAUUUUGAAUUUCAUACAGGCCUUCCAAGCACUACUUCCAAAGGAGAUGAUAACGCAGAUACUUCCAAUGUGAAAAUUGAAAGUGAUCCACUUCUGAAUCAAAAUAUACAAUCAGAUGGAAGCACUCGAGGGGAGCUCAAUUCUCUUACAACUAACCCUGCGAUGGAUAGUGAACAACCAAAACGAUCUAUGAAAAGAUUUGCCUCUGAACAGCUGGAGACUGAUGGAAAGAAGUUCGUAUUUGGGUCAAGAAAGUCAAGUAAUCCUGCAUUCGUUGCUGCUCAAUCAAAAUUUGAAGAGCUGAGUUCGUCGGCCAAUCCUGGUAGAUCUGUUAGUUCAUCCAAUCAGGAUACUGGGCUUGAAUCAAACCUUGAGACAGUUUCAUCUGCAGUUGAUUCUGUAAUUCAAACAAAGGAGCUUGGCCUAGCAGAAAAUUCUGUCCCCAACAAUUUAAGGGUUCAAGUUGGUGGCUCUGAGUGUGGUACUGAACUUUCUGUCACUUCCACUCUAGAUUCACCAGAUGUGUCUGAGGUUGGAGUCACAGAAUAUGAGCAUGAAACCAAAGUGCCAGAAGGGGUUGGCAAUCUUAACAGCACUGAUAACCAAGGUGUUGAAACCCCAGAUGUAUCAGCAAACACAGAGUCUAAUCCAUCUCACUCUCUCCCUGUUCAGCCAGGGAAAACUGAUGGUGUUAAUAUUGAAUCUGCUAACUCCGUUGUAGUUGUGGCCUCCCUACUGAUAGAGGAGAAGCCAGAGAGAACUGCUUCUGAUCUGCAGGUAGAGCUGGGCUCUGAGACAGGUCGUCAAGCAUACCGAUCAUCCUCAGAAGCUUCACCAAGAAGCCAUGUGACUGUCCCUGAAUCCCAAGGAACACCUGCCAGUCAGUUAUCAGUGAAUGCUAAAAGGAGCAAAACUGAUAAAAGUGGGUCAAACCACAGACGUAGGUCACUGUCAGCAGGUAAGAAAUCCCCUUCAAAUCCAAACUAUGACUCUGGGGCAAGAAGUAGUACUGAUCAAUUGCCUAAAGAUCAGAAAACUGGAAAGAGACGCAGUUCUUUUGGUUUACCUAGAGCUGAUAAUGUCGAUCAAGAACCUAGAGACAGUACUAGUAGCAGUAGCAUUCUUCCCAGCUACAUGCAACCCACUGAAUCUGCUAGAGCAAAGGCAUAUGCGUCGAACUCUCCAAGAUCAAGCCCCGAUGUGCAAGAUAAAGAACUUUAUGCUAAGAAGAGACAUUCGCUGCCUUGUGCAAAUGGAAGGCAGGGAUCUCCUCGUAUACAGCGAUCAACGUCUCAGGCACAGCAGGGUGCAAAAGGAAAUGGUGCCCAUCCUCAUGAGAGAAAAUGGCAGAGAUGAAGAAAGUUUGGAGGUAAUCUUUUGCUCACCAAGGCAGCAGCAGCCGCAGCAUCCAACCAGAAGUCCCAGAUGGCCACCUAGAGCUAAUUGUGACCUGAGUCUACUUGAUGGUUAGCUAUCUAUUUUUGGUUCUUGGCUUAAUCGUCUUGGAUAUUGAAUCAGUUGUUCCAUGCUUCAUCGCUUGGGUUGGGGGUCAGAGAGGAGGGGGGAUGAUAAUUGAUAUAUAUUAUAUAAUAUGUAUAGAGUGGAAAUGGAAAAAUUUCGUGUACAUCACUGCUGCUGCUAUUUACUAGUAGUGUUAUUACCAUGGCAUGAGAGGUUUUCCUCUUGAAGGGUUUGUUAAUUUGUAUGCGAGUUGAACAGUACUUGGUGUGAUAUUAUUCAGAUACAAGAUGAUGAUAUUGUGGUCUAUCCAAAGUUUGAGACAUCACCUGUAAGGUGGAGGGCUUCGAAAGGCUUUUCCCCGGAUGGAUGUUAUAAUAAAUUGGGUCUCUGUUUUUGUA